CUCCGUACCACGGGCUGGCCGUCGGCGAAGUGGACAUGACUGCCCAUCUGCCCAUCGAUCCCACUUUCGCGGAGCCCAUAUAGUCUCGCAUGGGAUCCCGGCUCUCUCACGUUGCUUUCUGAAUAUCUGUCAGACUGAGACUCCUGCUCAGCUCACUCAACAUGUUUGCUCCUCUGUUGCUGGCUGCGCUGCCCUUGCUUACCCACGCCGCGCUCACCUAUCGCGGUGCAGACAUCUCUUCCCUCCUCCUUUUGGAAGAUGAGGGCUAUAGCUACAAGAACCUUAACGGCAAGACCCAAGCACUAGAGGCGAUUCUCGCCGAUGCUGGCAUCAAUUCUGUUCGGCAGCGUUUGUGGGUAAAUCCCAGCGAUGGCACCUAUGAUCUGGAUUACAACCUGGAGCUAGCCAAGCGGGUUAAGGCCGCUGGUAUGAGCAUCUACCUGGAUUUGCAUCUGAGUGAUACUUGGGCGGACCCUAGCCACCAGACAACCCCUUCCGGCUGGUCCACCACCGACCUCGGUACACUGAAGUGGCAGCUGUACAACUAUACUCUCGAGGUUUGCAACACCUUCGCGGAGAACGGCAUCGACAUCGAGAUUAUCUCGAUCGGCAACGAGAUUCGUGCCGGGCUUCUCUGGCCCCUUGGCGAGACAAGCAGCUACUCGAACAUCGGCGCCCUGCUGCACUCGGGAGCCUGGGGCGUAAAGGAUUCCAACCUGGCGACAAAACCUAAAAUUAUGAUACAUCUGGAUGACGGUUGGAGUUGGGACCAGCAGAAUUACUUUUACAAGACCGUUCUGGCCACGGGCGAGCUUUUGUCCACGGACUUCGACUACUUUGGCGUCUCCUACUACCCGUUCUACGGCGCGUCAGCGACUCUGGCAUCUCUGAAGAUUAGCCUGGCGAAACUGCAGUCGACCUACAACAAGCCGGUGGUGGUUGUGGAAACGAAUUGGCCAGUCUCAUGCCCGAGCCCGGCGUACUCGUUCCCAUCGGAUCUGAGCUCGAUCCCCUUCUCGGUGGCAGGCCAGCAACAAUUCCUCGAGAAGCUGGCCGCCGUGGUGGAGGCCACCACGGAUGGUCUGGGAGUGUACUAUUGGGAACCGGCCUGGAUCACCAAUGCUGGGUUGGGGUCGAGCUGUGCUGAUAAUCUGAUGGUGGACACGUCCACGGACAAAGUGUACGAGAGCAUUGAUACUCUCGGGGAGCUCUGA